CCUUGUAUCGCUUCUCCACUGACCUGCACGGCGAUUAAAGUUUCGAUAAGCCGUACAUCCCAGACUUUUCGCCUCAGCAGUCGCUCGAAAUAGUAACACCGUAACACGAGACCCCACGACAGCCCAGUAUGACCGUUCCAGAUACCACGGCUCCUGCUGCCGCUCCAGCACCUUCGGCACCUGUACGGAAGCUCUGUGCCCUCUGCUCAACCCGUCGACCAAUCCUCGUCCGCCCAAAGACCGCGCAACGUCUUUGCAAGGAAUGCUUCUACCAUGUCUUCGAAACCGAGAUUCACCAUACGAUCACAUCAAACAAACUUUUCUCUCGAGGGGAUAAAGUUGCUAUUGGCGCGUCUGGUGGAAAGGACAGUACAGUGCUGGCGCAUAUCAUGAAGACCCUAAACGAACGCUACAAUUACGGGCUCGACCUUUACUUGCUCUCCGUCGAUGAAGGCAUCAAGGGCUACCGAGAUGACUCACUGGAAACCGUCAAGCGUAACGAAACGCAAUACGCAAUCCCACUCACCAUCGUCUCCUACGAAUCACUAUACCGUGGCUGGACCAUGGACCGGAUCGUCUCUGCGCAAGGAACGGCAAAGAACUCUUGUACCUACUGUGGUGUCUUUAGACGGCAGGCUUUGGAUCGUGGUGCAGCACAGUUGGGUAUCGCACAUAUCGUCACCGGACACAACGCAGACGACAUGGCGGAGACGGUGUUGAUGAACUUACUGCGAGGUGACGUUGCAAGAUUAGGACGCUGUACGGAGAUCCUGACGAAGGGUGAAGACGGAGAUGACGGUGUUCGACGAAGUAAGCCGUUCAAGUAUGCGUAUGAGAAGGAGAUUGUCAUGUACGCACAUUUCAAGAAGCUGGACUACUUCUCCACGGAGUGUACAUACUCGCCAGAUGCUUUUCGAGGAACCGCACGAGCGCUCAUCAAGGAUCUCGAGGCUGUACGGCCAUCGGCGAUUUUGGAUAUCAUCCAUUCUGGAGAAGCUUUCCAUCUGGAUGAAAAGACGCAGAAGGCAUUGCCGAAGCAGGGGACUUGUGAGAGAUGUGGGUAUAUGACGAGUGGAGAGGUGUGCAAGGCUUGUGUGCUGUUGGAGGGCUUAGAGAAGGGCAUGCCACGGUUGGGCAUCGGAAGGGAGAGGAAGAGUGAUAGGGAUGCGAUGACAGAUGAGAAGGAGGGUCCACGGCCGUUGAUUGCCCACGGCGUGAAGGUGGAUUUCUAAGCAUGUGACAAUCUUGACGGGGGUUCGGCGUUAGAUUUCGAUUUAACGAUUUGAGAGCAUUGGACACGAAAAGAACACAUAAAGAAAUCAAG